UGCCCACCCCGCAGACCCUGCGCUCCCGGAACAAGGGCCCUGGGAGCCAGAGGCCCGCGCAGGACCCGCCCACAGCGCCCCGGGGUCCCCUUCCCACCCACGGGCUCCGCUGACCUUUGUCCAGGUGACCCUUUGGCCUACCUCGCCCCUUCCCCAGGCAGGCCCGGCCUCGGGUAGGUCCCUGCCUGGCUCGCCCUGGAAACAGGGGGGCCUUUAUCCCAGGCUCCCUCCUCCCCCGCGGGCAUCCUUCACCCUGGGGUCUCUCCCCCAGGCUCCCCGUCCCCAGCGCGGGCCCCACCUUUGGGCGUAGGGGCUGUUGAAGGCUUCGCCUCAGGCAGCCCUGGAGCAGCGCCGAGGGGCUGUCCUGAGCCUCAGUUUCCUCGCCUGUGAAAUGGGCCGCCAUGGCGCCCGGCUGCUGGGCGGGAGCUUCGCCCCCCACAUCCUCCCCUGAUCCCUGGAGGAGAGAGCGGGGAGCCUGGGUGGGGGCUCAGGCCGACCCAGAGGCUUACCUGGUGCGUGCGUGUGUGCGCGUGCGCACGUGUGUGCAGGAGGCUCUGCGGAAGAUCAUCACCACCCUGGCCAUGAAGAACGAGGAGAUCCAGAGCUUCAUCUACUCCCUCAAAUAGAUGCUGCUCAACGUGGAGGCGAACUCAGCUAGGGUGCAGGAGGACCUGGAGGCGGAGUUCCAGUCCCUCUUCUCCCUCCUGGAGGAGCUGAAGGAGGGGAUGCUCAUGAAGAUCAAGCAGGACCGGGCCAGCCGGACCUACGAGCUGCAGAACCAGCUGGCUGCCUGCACUCGGGCCCUGGAGAGCUCUGAGGAGCUUCUGGAGACAGCCAAUCAGACCCUGCAGGCCACUGACAGCGAGGACUUCUCGCAGGCUGCCAGGCAAAUCAAAGAUGGCGUGACGAUGGCGCCUGCCUUCCGGCUGUCACUGAAAGCCAAGGUGAGCGACAACAUGAGUCACCUGAUGGUGGACUUCGCCCAGGAGCGGCAGAUGCUACAGGCACUCAAGUUCCUGCCCGUGCCUAGCGCCCCUGUGAUCGACCUGGCUGAGUCCGUGGUGGCAGAUAACUGUGUGACCCUGGUGUGGCGCAUGCCGGACGAGGACAGCAAGAUCGACCACUACGUGCUAGAGUACCGGAGGACCAACUUCGAGGGCCCGCCGCGCCUCAAGGAGGACCAGCCCUGGAUGGUGAUAGAGGGCGUCCGGCGCAUGGAGUACACCCUGACGGGUCUCAAGUUCGACAUGAAGUACAUGAACUUCCGUGUGAAGGCCUGUAACAAGGCGGUUGCAGGCGAGUUCUCUGAGCCGGUGACCCUAGAGACGUCAGCGUUCAUGUUCCACCUGGAUGCGUCCACAUCCCACCAGAACCUGCGGGUGGACGAUCUCUCCGUGGAGUGGGACGCUAUGGGCGGGAAGGUGCAGGAUAUCAAGGCUCGCGAGAAAGAUGGCAAGGGGCGGACGGCGUCUCCCGUCAACUCCCCGGCCAGGGGUACUCCGUCUCCCAAGAGGAUGCCCUCAGGCCGUGGAGGACGCGACCGCUUCACGGCUGAGUCGUACACGGUGCUGGGGGACACGCUGAUCGACGCGGGCGAGCAUUACUGGGAGGUGCGCUACGACCCCGACAGCAAGGCCUUCGGCGUGGGCGUGGCCUACCGCAGCCUGGGCCGCUUCGAGCCGCUGGGCAAGACGGCGGCGUCCUGGUGCCUGCACCUCAACAACUGGCUGCAGGUCAGCUUCACGGCCAAGCACGCCAACAAGGUCAAGGUGCUGGACGCGCCCGCGCCCGACUGCCUGGGUGUGCACUGCGACUUCCACCAAGGCCUCCUGUCCUUCUACAACGCCCGGACCAAACAGCUGCUGCACACCUUCAAGGCCAAGUUCACGCAGCCGCUGCUGCCCGCCUUCACGGUGUGGUGCGGCAGCUUCCAGGUGACCACCGGCCUCCAGGUGCCCAGCUCCGUGCGCUGCCCGCAGAAGCGGGGCAGGGGCCCCACCAGCCUCACCUAG